CGACGGGUUGAAGAGUGCAUUUUCUAGUCUUCUACAUUAAGAUGAACAAAAGCAUAGAAAAACAAUUGUUUGGGCCCAGAAAAUAUAUAAACGUCGGGCUGGCUCACAGUUGAAAGUUACUAAAUGAGUUUAAGCCCAGAAAAUCUCUGCAGCUAUGGCGUUAAGUUAUGCUAUCUUAUGAUCUUAUCUGCGGAGUCGUCCAUCCAAUUUUUUAGCGACCAGCCGACAACCAUUCCGUCAAUCGUCCGCCGUUUUGUUCAUCUUCUCCGAGUUUUGAAGGAUUCUUUGAUGUUGGAUUCCUCCUCCUGAAGUGUGCACAUGGGUAACAGCGAUUCUAGUCUUUUGAAUGCAUAAGGCAUUCAACCAGAUCCAUAAAAAAAUGUUCUGCGGGUCAAAGCUGAUUAGGAUCCCCAGUUUAUGUCUUGUCGACUUAGAAAAAAGCCGAAGCGCAUGCAGUCGGCUCAUCUAUGCGAUGAGUUGAUUGUUGAAAUCUUCACAAGACUACCGAGCAAAUCCCUCCUCCGAUUUAGAUCGCUCUCCAAAUCGUGGUAUUCUUGUAUUGGUAGCCCUGAUUUCAUCCACAUGCACACUUUUCGAUCCCGACAAAAACUCCUAAUAAGACACCGAACUCAUAAAGAGAAUGAAGAAGGUGACUUAGAAGAGUUCUACACAUUACAUCCACAAGACCAAUUGCCAUUGUUUCGCACACAUGGAUACAACGAUAUAACACCCGUACAGUUUCCUUCCACACAUUCCAAUAUUAUUGGUUCAUAUAAUGGACUUGUCUGUCUGUUUGAUUAUGAUGAAAAAAGUAUUAGUCUGUGGAACCCUUCAAUUAGGCGCAAACUAACCCUGCCUGAUUGUCCUCGGACAUGUUAUUCUGAGGUGGGGAUCGGUUUCGGUUUUGACCCGGUCAUUGAUGAUUACAAGAUUGUGUGUGUACCCGAACGUAAUAGGAAAAAAGCAGGAAGAUCUUUUGUUUAUGCAUUGAAGACAAACACUUGGCGUAGAAUUGCUUCCGCUACGCCUUUGUUUAGUUCUGUGAUGACAAAGCCAUGUUUUUUCAAUGGAGUAUUGUAUUGGUUGGGACACUAUGAUUUGACUCGGACCUAUUAUCUAUUGACAUUUGAUUUGAGCACUCAUGUUUUUGGCAGUAUUGCAUUGCCAUUCAAAACUGUGCUAUCUGUUGCACCAACACCCAUCCAAGGUUCUAUAGCUGCGGUUUCUUCGCGAGCUGCACCAACACCCAUCCAAGGUUCUAUACCUUCGCUAGCUGAUUUUGCUAAUCAGAUUUGGUUGAUGAAAGAUGCUUCUUGGUCUGCUUUUUUGAAUUUUAAAAAAGAUCAAGUUAGGGCACAUUUAUCAAGUGUUUUGCAAUUGAGCACGAGUGAUGAUCUUGUUUUCUACAGCUUCUGUAACGGGUUCCAAGUUUAUAAUCUUAAGAUUGGGGAGUUUUCAAGACUAGUGGACUUCAAUGGUGCUUAUUUUGUAUUUGAUGUUAUUCAGUGUCUCGAAAGCCUUCAGUUGUUAGGCAUGGGGACCGCUUGUGAGGGAAACAAACUUACCUUUUCUUGAAGGAAAAUUAACCCAACUUCAUUAAUGAAUAUAUUAGAUGAUGACUAUUCAGGUCUCACUUGUUUAUUUCACUAUUUUAAUAUGAGAUGUCGACUGUACGUUUAA